GUUCACUAUUGCUUAACUUGAAGCAAACUCUCAAGUUGACAAACUUGAGAGUUGACUAUAACUCGAGAGUUAAAACAAAAGUUAAGAAUCUAUUUUGUUCACUAUUUUUUUCAUAACUCUCGAGUUUGAAAAACAAAAGUUGGCCAACUUUCAGUUUUGAAAAUAUCCUUGGGAUAUUUGUGACAGUCAAUACAAAUUAUGUCAGUUUUUAAUUUGAAAAGCAAACGAGCUGUUGAUGUUUUGAUUUUAAAAACAAUAAAAAAAAAAAUAAUAAACAUGAAUAACAAGGAAACGACAAAAAGGAUGUCUAAAGUGCUUUAUACUCCCGAAGAGGAGGAUUGGUUAGUUAAAAAUGCUCUUUUAUACAAAUCAGUGAUAGAAAAUAAAAAGACAGACAAAGUAACCAAUCGUGAUAAAGAAAAGGCAUGGGAGAAAAUAACUCGUGCAUUCAAUGUUGCACCGCCAGGAUGUGAACGAAAUCUAAAAUCUCUUCGCGAAAAGUAUAUUAAAAUAAAGCAAACGUUAAGAGAUCGAGCAUUUUGUUUCUCAAGAGAUGCAAAAAAGACAGGUGGUGGACCACCCAAAAAAGAACCACCACCAUUAAGCGAAGCUAUGCAAGAAUUAGCUGUUCUUUUGACUACUUCGACAUUAGGUCUUCCUGCGGUAGUAGGUGAUAGUGACUAUACAACGGCCAACAAAUCGGCAUUGGAAUACGCUUGCCAUAAAAUCACUGCACCUACCGAUCAAACGGAAUACAUUUCUUUGGAGGAUAUAAUUGUGGACGAUGUUACCUUUUGUCUCAAUUCGGAAGAUGAGAAUUCGAAUGUGAUCGUAGUCGAUGCUUCGGAUAAAAGUAAUAAAACACUUUUGACCGGCGAGGCCACUUUUAACUGCCAAGUCGGAGAUUCAAAAACGACCAAAAACCAAAAUGCAGAGUCGCCAUUGUCAGUUAAAAGUCCAAAAGGUGAUGAAUCUUGGGAGAGGGUGAAUCCCUCAAAAUUAAAGAAGACGAUAAACCCGUUGUUGCAAUGCCGUCGACGAAAAAUGGACAGAGAUGAAAUUCAAAGUAAGUUAUCGGAAGAGAAGCAAAAACAUGCCGAAAGUAAGAACAAUAUGGAAAUGGAAAUUUUAGAGGGUGAAAAAAAACGGUAUCAAUUUGAGCAUGAAAAGGCUGCGUUAGAUCUCAAACGAGCAAAAAUUGAAUGCGAAAAGGCUGAAUAUGACCGAGAACGUUCUGCCAUUGAGUUGGAGCGCUCAAAACUUGCUCUAGAACAUGAAAAAGAGAUUAAUCGAAUCCGUAUGGCCUCCUUAAUGUCUGGAUUGAAUCCCGUACCACUAUUAACCGCGGCGGCAAAAAAAGAAUAUAAAUUAAAUUAAAUGUAAAAUAUUUUAUUAUAAGAUUUUAUUUAUUAAAUGAAGUUUGUUGAAGCGACCAAUGUUUUUUAUUGAGUUUUCAUGUGAAGAU